CACUGACAGUGGGAGCAAGUGGACCUGUUUGACUUUAUGAACCCGUCAGAAAGAGAAUAAUACAGAUCAUUACUCUGGAGCGAUGGACACGUGAGCUACCUGCGGGGAAGCACAGGAAGGCCGGCGACUUGUUUUUAAAGUCAAAUAGUUUGAAGUGUCCUGUGACUGUGGACUCGAGGAGACGAGCACCGACCCAUCUGAAGUCUUUUUUUUCUUUGUGCACCUUCUAUCAGUCAGACUGAGUUUUUAACAGGAUAUCAUCAUGAAUCUGACGCAGCGAAUGAAACUGCUGAAGCACUUUGGCUCUAUGCCCCCGGAGCCUCCGCCACCGCUGCUGGUGGUGCCUAAACCAGGCAUGGAGGAGCUAACAAUAUGGGAGCAACAUACAAUAACGCUAAACAAAGAUUCCAAACUGGGGUUCGGCUUUGCCAUAUCAGGAGGCAAGGACAAGCCUCACCCAGACAACGGGGAUACCACUGUGGUGGUGUCAGAUGUGCUGCCAAAUGGACCAGCCAUGGGACGCCUGUUCACCAAAGACCAAAUUGUCAUGGUCAACGGAGUGUCAAUGGAGAACGUCCACUCCAACUUCACCAUCCACACCCUCAAGUCAUGCGGCAAGACCGCAAACGUGACAGUGAAACGUCCUCGCCACAUCCAGAUCCCGGCAACCACCAGGCCGUCACGGGCCGCCUCCCAUUCAAACCUGCUGGACGCUGACCCCCCCAGGCGAACGCGGCGCUUCUCUGAUGGCAGCGACAACCGAGACAGAGACCGCUAUCGCCCCAGCCCUCGUAGCACAACGCCCGACCGCAACGGGCAUGGAAACACACUGCCGCUGAUGUCGUCCGGGUACAAGAGGCUGCCGUAUCAGGACGUUCCAGACAAACCCAUCAAAACAACAUUACUUAAAAAGAAGAUCACAGAUGAGUACGGAUUGAAGCUGGGCAGUCAGAUCUUCAUCAAGCACAUGACAGAAACAGGCCUGGCUGCAAAGGAAGGAACGCUGCAGGAGGGCGACCUCAUUCUCAAGAUCAAUGGCAUGACGACAGAGAAUCUAUCCCUGCUGGAGACAAAGCACCUGGUGGAGAAGAGCAGGGGCAAACUGACCAUGACGGUCCUCAGAGACGACCGCAAGUUCCUGGUCAGCAUCCCAGAGGUGGAGGACAGCCGCCCCAACAGCGAGGACGAGGCGCGCCACGACAGCAGCUCUGAACUGGAGGACAUUUCAGACAUUGAUGAAGACAUGCCGACUCACAGAAUGUCCCGUCAACCUAACCGAGAGAAACGGACACGCAGAACGAGAGCUGAGCCUCCUCCUCCUGUCAAGUCUCGGGAUUCAUCACCGGUGCGCUCCACCUUGUCUCGACCUCCUGCCAGAACCUACGCCUCUCGCAGAGCUCCAUCUGAGUCAGAGUCGGACCGCAGCGCCUCUCCUCCUCCCGUCAGGAGAAUCAGUCCAGACACGAGGGACCACUCCAGCAAAUACAAAAGUCUGUCUGGUGUGUCCACCCUUCCCAAUCCUCGGUCCUCUCCUGUAGUCCCCAACUGGAGCACCUCUCGGCCGACCUCCUCUGCCUCGCGGCCUCGUAAGCCGGUGUCAGAGUCCGACUCUGAGCGCAGCGCCUCCCCUCCGGCACGCAAAGCGAGCCCCCGCCCAGACGGCAGAUACAAAGUUCUUCCUGAUCUGGCCCACGUAGGGAUGAGAGCCAGCCCCAUCGAUGUUCGCUCAGAGCUACCAAGGAGGGUCAACUCACCUGUCAGAAUCCCGCCACCAGACUCUGAGUCUGAGUCGGACAGCGGCGUGGGGCCUCCUCAGAGGCAGAGCACCACCUACAGUCAGGACUCCCUCAGCAGAUACAGGGUCCUGCCAGAUGUUGCUGUGGAGCCGCCGAAAUGGAGCAUAGCCAGCCCCACUGCCAGCAGUCCACCACAGAGAGCUGAUUCUGACUCUGAAUCGGAGGCCAGUUAUGCACCGGUUCCUCGCAGGGACUCUACAGACAGCACACCAUCCAACACGGCUAAAAACCGAUACAGAGUCCUGCCUGAAGUAAAAGCCCCUCCAGUCGCCGUGAAGCAGGAGCCUCCUCGUCGCGCCCCGUCACCGCCCAGACCGCCUCCUGAUGAUUCCUCAGAGUCGGAUCAGCUGUCACAUCUCAGGAGGUCCGGGAGCUCUGAGCGGGAGGACACCCACCGCAGUGUUCCUCGUGCUGCUAACGGGACUGGCACCCUCAGAUCUGGGAUUUCAGUGAAGAGCAACCCACCAGUCUACUCUAAACCUACAGAAGAGCCCAUCUACUCACUACCUCCAGAUUCUUACCCAGCACCUAAUCCAGGGUACAGCUCGGACCUUCACACGGUGUCCUUUGUGAAGGAGGGCAGCGUGGGUCUGAGGCUGGUGGGGGGCAACGAUGUCGGUAUAUUCGUAGGCGGAGUUCAGCCGAACAGCCCCGCGUACGAAGAGGGAAUGAAAGAGGGAGACCAGAUCAUGCAGGUGAAUAAAGUCGAUUUUGGUCAUUUCACACGAGAAGAGGCAGCCAACUUCCUCCUGGACAUCAAGAAAGGAGAAAGGGUUGAAAUCUGCACUCAGAACAAAAUGGACAUUUAUAAGAAGAUCAUCAAGUCCAACCUGGCGGACAACUUCUACAUCCGCACACACUUUGACCACGAGGCAGAUGGCCCCAUCGGCCUGAGCUUCACCAGAGGAGAGGUGUUCAGGGUGGUCGACACGAUGCACCGCGGGAAGUUGGGCAACUGGCUGGCCGUCCGCAUGGGGAACGACCUGCACGAGAUGGAUAAAGGCACCAUCCCCAACCAGACCAGAGCUGAGACGUUUGCCAGCCAAGAGCAGGCGCAGCGGGCGAGCGGUGGGGAGAGGCAGGUGUCAGGACCGAGAGCCGAGUUCUGGAAACUACGGGGGCUCAGAGGAAACAAGAAGAACGAGAAGAACGUCCGUCGGAGUCGUGACGACCUGCUGCAGCUCACCAUUCAGGGCAAAUUCCCGGCCUAUGAGAGAGUCCUGCUCAGAGAAGCUAAUUUCAAACGACCUAUUGUCAUUAUGGGUCCUCUUAAUGACAUUGCCAUGGAGAAGCUGGCCAGAGAGAUGCCUGAUGAAUAUGAAGUGGCAGACAUGGUUCCUCGGAGUGGAGGUGGAGACAGCGCCUCCACGGUUAUUAAACUGGACACCGUGAGGAGAAUAGCCGAGAAGGACAAGCACCCUCUUCUGGACAUCACUCCAACUGCAGUAGAAAGGCUGAACUACAUCCAGUACCACCCAAUGGUCCUGUUCUUGGACCCUCACAGCCGCAAAGACGUCAAGGCCAUGAGGCAGAGGUACAACCCCAACUCUAACAAGAGCUCCAGACGCCUUUACACGCAGGCGCUCAAGUUGAGGAAACACUGCAGCCACCUUUUCUCAGCACGUAUUGACCUGCAGCCCAGCUCCAGUGUUUGGUAUGAGAGUCUAAAGGAUAAGAUCCGCCACCAACAGUCCAAACCUGUCUGGGUGUCUGAAGUCACGUUGGAGAGCGGUGGAGAACAGGACUUAGAUGCUCUGGACCAAACCCAGUCAGACUACCUCAGUGCUGCCAGUGACCUGGAGGACACUGAUGGAGAGCCCUUCACCGACGGAGAGGUCUACACUGACAACGAGGACCUCCUGGAGGAGGCUUACCCGGGUCAGAAUGUGGCCAGAGGCUCCAGGGUAGCUGGAGCUGCUUUAGCCCGAUCAUCCGAGCCCGCCUUUGGGGACCGCAGCCCCACCAUGGACCACGAGCCUUACGCUGACUCCCACUCCCACUCGCUCAGAGAAAUCCCACCGUUGAUGCACGUACCCGAACCCAGGGUACCUCGCCGGGAGAGUUACACCCCGUCUUACAGCGUUGCUGAAGAGGAAGGCCCUUCUCGUCGCAGUUUCACAGACUCAGAUUUCAGCGCCCUCGACAUCAUUCCACCCACCACUCCAUCAGACGGGCCUCCGGACUUUAUAGCCCCCGACCCCACUCGGUACUCAAUAAACGAACCCUCGUAUGCUGAGCCUGAGAGCCCACAACACGCCAGCCUGUCUGCUAUCGAGGAUAAAUUACAACAGGCUCGCUCUGCAGACGCACAGCCACAGGCGGAGCCACAGCCUCAAGCUGGGAAAAAGAAAGCCCCUAACUUGAUCGUGCUGGCACAUCAUCACCAGGCAGUCCAGUUCAGACGCACACAGAUCCGAGGCAGCGACAGCUCCGACGAUGACAAUGACGAGACGGAGGACAUCGAAUGGGGUCCUGCAACAGAACUCUAGAGUUUUCAUCGAGGAUUAAGGAUGGAGUUUACUGCUCGAACAAGGAUAUUUUACUCCCUCGAGAAACUUAUUUCUUGGAACAUUUUUUUCUGCAGAAGCAAAGUUUUGUCUGGAGAUGCUGGCCGGGCUACAUUAAAGGCCUUUUUUUUUUAGGGAUAUUCAAGAUUUAUACAACCUCUUAACACAUUACCAAAAGUUUGAACAUGUAAAGAGAGAGAGAGAUGAAUGUUACGAUCAAAGUGCCUGAUUACUUUUCAUAUUUUUUUAAUGAAAUAACCAUAUCAAACAAUUAAUUUUUGCCCUUUGUUACUGCUGCUCUAUGUAACAUAUAAACAAAUUCUAGUUUUAUUAGAAAUCAUACUAAACGAGUCUCUUUUCAUAAAAAGAUGAAACAUUUUUUAAAUGUGUUUUCUGUUUCUGUCUUUUUCUACAUUAAACUGUUUUCCUGGUUUCAAA